AUGGCAAUGGCAAAGUUGGAGACAGGUAGUAUGCUCAAUAAAACUUCCCCUGGUUUGGGUGGAAAAAAUGGUCUUUAUUCAACCAAUGGCGUGCAUGAGUUACUUGAGUGCCCUGUCUGCACAAAUUUGAUGUACCCUCCUAUUCAUCAGUGUCCAAAUGGUCACACAUUAUGUUCAGACUGCAAGAUUAGGGUGCACAAUUGUUGUCCCACUUGCCGCUAUGAACUUGGAGAUAUAAGGUGUUUGGCUUUGGAGAAAGUUGCUGAAUCAUUGGAACUUCCAUGCAGAUACCAGAGUUUAGGCUGUCAUGAUAUAUUUCCAUACUACAGCAAGCUCAAACAUGAGCAACACUGUCGGUUUCGUCUAUACAAUUGCCCUUAUGCUGGAUCUGAGUGCUCUGUUACGGGUGAUAUCCCUACUCUCGUUGGGCAUCUUAAGGAGGAUCACAAGGUUGACAUGCAUGAUGGGUGUACCUUCAACCAUAGAUAUGUUAAAGCAAACCCAAAUGAAGUUGAAAAUGCGACUUGGAUGCUAACUGUCUUUAAUUGUUUUGGAAGACAGUUCUGUUUGCACUUUGAAGCCUUCCAGCUAGGCAUGGCUCCAGUCUACAUGGCCUUUUUACGAUUCAUGGGUGAUGACAUUGAGGCUAAGAAAUUCAGCUACAGUUUGGAAGUUGGUGCAAAUGGCCGUAAGCUAAUAUGGCAGGGAAUUCCUAGGAGUAUCCGGGAUAGUCAUAGAAAAGUUCGUGACAGCCAAGAUGGACUCAUUAUUCAGAGGAAUCUAGCUCUGUAUUUCUCUGGUGGGGAUAAGCAAGAACUAAAGUUGAGGAUUACUGGCCGUAUAUGGAAAGAAGAAUGA